AUGGAUUUUGCGUGCCGUGGCGUCUCCCCGCGUCUGCUCGUGUCGCUCCUGCUCCUCUCCCUCAGCGUCUUGCGGAUCCACGCGCGCCACCGUGGCGGCCCCGAGAUAUCCGUUGCGGACGCUCAAUCUGGCAGGCUCACCAGGGAUGCCGCAAAUUCUCAUCGGCAGUUCGACUCGCAGUCACACGAGGUCGGAACGUCCGAAUGGCGCCAGGAUGUUCCAUACGCCAGCAGCGCCAGCAGCGGCAGCGGAGGGGGGCCGGUCAGCACGAUGGGCGCCGGAAGCGACGGCGAGGAGUCGAUUGCGGAAUGGAAGUGGCGAUCGGCGGAAGGGGGCGUGCACUUCUUCCCCCUGCAGCGCGCGGAAGACGCCCCCAGCAGGGACGAGCUGCACCGCCGGAUUCUCGCGCCCAGAGGCGUGGGGGGCGGCUUGAGGGCCAAAGGAGAGGGUGGCGGGUCAUCAGAUUCGGCGGGGUAUUAUCUGCCGCUGAUGGACUACAACAGCACGCUGGUCUCAACAGCCAACGGCACAAUGGGCAACACCAUGGUCAACUACAGCACCUUCGCCGGCGGCAACGACAAGAUCCGCCUCCCGUAUGUGGCAACGUCGUGUCGUCGUGCAGUUAUGAGUGAAGCUACGUGCAGUUAUGAGACGUCUCAAAGCUUCGCUUUCUACACGUGCAUCCACCUCCCGUAUGCGCCAAUGCCCGUGUAUCCGUACUACGUGACGCUCAAGCUGGGGUCGCAGAAGCAGGAGUUCAGCAUGGCGCUCAACCUGUUCCUGCCGCACACCUUCGUGCCCUGCGACUGCCUGCACUGCGGCUCCAUGCGCAAGGUGACCACCUACAGCAAGCCCUUCAGCACGCUCUCUUCCUCGACCCUUGAGUACAUCUCCUGCACCGACCACCGCUGCCAGAAGGGCGUUGAAUCCGGCUACUAUGGCUGCAACACGCAAGGCCUCCCCAACUACCUCAACUUCACGGGCGUGCUGCCUGGGGACGACGCUCUCUGCGUCUGUGGAGUGAACCAGAUGGGCCACUGGGGCAUGCAGGGGUGGCAGUACGGCUCGUGGUCAGCAGGAGGCGUGCUGGGGCUGGGGUGGUCCAGCCCCUUUCUUGAGCAGCUCACCUCUGCCUAUACCCCAAGCUCCUUUGCGGUGUGCUUGGAGGAGCCAACGCCAACGAACAAGACGGGGUGGGAUGGCCAGGUGCCACUGCAGACAGGCAGAAGCCAUCUCGUCAUUGGUGCUUUCGGCCUCACUAAAGGCGCCGCCAACUACACGUACAUGGAUUUUUUGGCCGGAAUGCAGUACAGCCACAUCACACUCACCACGGCUAAGCGCGCCCUCAACAUCACAGACGACCCGGCAUACGUAGACCCAGGCUCCUAUCUGCCUGCGGAUUUUCCAAAGAACGCCACGCCGGGUUUCCUCUUCAUGCCCGAGUCCUUCGUGCAUCUCCUGCGCUACCCUCUCUUUCUCAGCCUUUGCGACGGGAUCCGAGACAUGACUGGGCAUGACCUUUGUAGAGAGACGAAGACUGUGAAUUAUUUGGGGAUUCCAUGCUUCAAGUUUCACCUUCCGAGUACUGCAUGUUGGUCAACCCUCUUAAUCCUGGAAGCAACUACAACAGCUUCAUUGGAG